UCUGUAAUUCUGUACGUAUAUUCGCAACCGUUUUCUGAUUCCUCGCUGUUUGAUUUCAGAAAGAAUUAAGGAGCAUCGUUUUAUGCCUAGUCUCUUUUUGUUUGGAAUAUUGAUUGAAGUGUUGACAUUUUCCUUAGUUUUUUUGUAGGAUUGAUUUUUAGGUGCGAGAGGGAAAGGAUGGGGUACAUAGGGGCGCAUGGAAUAGCGGCGCUGCAUAGAUACAAGUACAGCGGAGUAGAUCACUCUUAUUUAGCCAAAUAUGUGUUGCAGCCCUUCUGGAGUCGCUGUGUUAAUUUCUUCCCUCUUUGGAUGCCGCCAAAUAUGAUUACCCUUACUGGAUUUAUGUUUUUGGUCACAUCUGCUUUCCUUGGAUAUAUAUAUUCCCCUCAAUUGGAUUCGCCACCUCCAAGAUGGGUUCAUUUUGCACAUGGCUUGCUUCUCUUCCUUUACCAGACAUUUGAUGCUGUAGAUGGAAAACAAGCUAGACGAACAAAUUCUUCCAGUCCAUUAGGGGAGCUUUUUGAUCAUGGCACAAACUAUCCAGGAUGUGAUGCACUUGCAUGUACGUUUGAAGCAUUGGCCUUUGGCAGCACUGCUAUGUGUGGACCUGCUACUUUCUGGUUCUGGUUUAUAUCAGCUGUUACAUUCUACUGUGCAACCUGGGAACAUUAUUUCACCAACACUCUAAUUCUUCCAGCAAUAAAUGGUCCUACAGAGGGUCUCAUGCUGAUAUAUUUUGCCCAUUUCUUUACUGCUUUAGUUGGUGCCGAGUGGUGGGCUCAACCGUUUGGGAAGUCCAUGCCAGUUUUUAGUUGGGUUCCAUUUAUAAAUGAAAUCUCAACAGUUAGAUCUGUGCUGUUUCUAAUGAUAGUCUUCGGUGUUAUACCGACAGUAUCAUUCAAUGUGCAAAAUGUGUACAAGGUUGUCAAUGCCAAAAAGGGAAGUAUGCUACUAGCACUAGCCAUGCUUUAUCCAUUUGUUGUGCUGUUGGGAGGAGUACUUCUCUGGGAAUAUAUUUCUCCAUAUGGUUUGAUGGGGAACUAUCCACAUUUGUUCAUUGUGGGAACUGGGCUUGCAUUUGGAUUUCUUGUGGGAAGGAUGAUUCUGUCUCACUUGUGUGAUGAACCCAAGGGCCUGAAAACUAGCAUGUGCAUGUCUUUGCUAUAUCUGCCUUUUGCCAUAGCUAAUGCACUCACUGCUAGACUUAAUGAUGGUAUUCCUUUAGUUGAUGAGUUCUGGAUUCUCCUUGGAUUUUGUGUGUACUCAGUGUCACUCUAUUUGCAUUUUGCAACAUCAGUCAUUCAUGAGAUAACAGCAGCACUGGGAAUUUCAUGUUUCAGGAUAACACGAAAGGAGGCUUGAGUAUAUUUAUUCAGUCGCUAUCUCUUUGGGGUAUGCUCAGGUUGUUUUGUGGAUGAGCUAAAGUAUGGGUAUGGUUUUAUAUGCUGAAUCUGCAAUUGCUUUUAAUGCCAUAGCUUUGGAGCUUGGGAUCACAAAAAUGGGGCUUUGAAGCCUUUUGGAUACAUAUAUAUAGUAUUGAAAAAUUUUAAUAGGGUAAUGAGCUUAGUUUAAUUACUGGCAGUUCCAUAAGAAUUUUAAAGGAAUACCUUGUACUGAUUCUAUCUUUUAAUUGAUGAUUUUAUGAAAAUGCUAAUUGGAGAAGGUUUUGU